AGAAGAAUUAUUUUGCGCGGCCCCAGUGGCUUUAAGAUACAGUUGUUGUCGACAUUGUUGCGUUGGAAUACACCAGUGACACACUUGUAAACUUACAUUCACUUAUCUCUAUAGUUCAUGUAUUGGUCUCUAUCCUGCACAUUAAUGCGCAUAAUCGCGCAGCUUUGACUGUCACGUGAGUCGUCUCGUGACAACAGGAAGAAGGAAUGACACCAGUGAGGAUGCUGCUGCUGCUGCUGCUUUGACACUUCUCAACUCUUCGUUUUUCAUUUGCAGAAAGCAACAGACAACAAUGACUUCUUUUAUAAAAGAAACUCAAAGCAUAAAAGAAGCGGUGACUUUCAUCAACGCGAUUGAUGCGAACAAGUUCUCCAGGCUGAUCUCCCGCAUCAUACAGAAGCUUCAUCUGAAGGGCAAGCGGACAUUCAGUGACGAGGAGGAAGAGAAACUUCAAGCUGCUCUCUCAUUGGAUAAACAGGCUCUCAAUCUCGUGCUGGAAACAGCUGCCUUCAUACUAGAGCAGGCGGUGUAUAAUAACGCAAAGCCGGCCUCUCUGCAGCAGCAGCUGGAGGCGGUUCAUCUAAACCCAGACAAGGCCGAGGUGUUCUCGCGAACGUGGGCCGCGGCUGGACCCGAGCUGGUGGAGAAACUGAAGCACAGCACCUUUGCCCCGAAGAAGCUGGAGUAUGUCGGCUGGCAGUUAAACCUGCAGAUGGCCCAGUCCAGCCAAGCCAGACUGAAGUCUCCCAGUGCUGUCCUCCAACUGGGUCUUCGCAAUGAAGACUCUGAGGUUCAGGAAAAUGUCUUUGUUGAUUUCAACCACGAAGAGCUUCUUGACUUCUACAACAAGCUUGAAAUCGUGCAAGGCCAAUUGGAUACCCUGACUUGAUGCCUGGUGGUCUUUGUACAACCACACACACACACACACACACACAUACUCAGUUAGAUUUUUACGCUGACAGCUAUGCCAGCUGUUGGAGGCCUAGAAAUUCCAUUCUUUCUCUGUCAAACAUGUCAAACUUUGAAGGAAGGGCGUUUCUUUCCACUGUGAGCCCCUUUUAAUGCAGAAAGGCCGAAGAUCUGAUUUUACUUUGAACUUUUGUAUCUUCAUUAAGGGCAUGGUGGGAAAAUCACCUUCGUCAAUGGCCAUUGUACUGAAAGGCAUUGCUUUGUGACAUGUUCUAUAUCCAGCAGUGAGGAACGUAAAUGUUUGAUGUGAAUUAGAGACUUUCGGAUGUUAAUGUGCCAACAUUCAGUCAUCCUAACAAUGUGUUUGUACCCUCAUAAAAGAAAGAAGUCAGAGGAAAUGAAAUGUUAUUUAGAGUUAAAACAAAUGGAUUCAGUAACAUGGAGAAGGAACUAUUGUCCUGUUCUGAUCACAUCUGAAGUGGAGGUGAAAUCCAUCCAAGCUGUUGUUAUUUAGUGAAGGCUCAUUAUUUCUCAUUAAGACCAACCUGGACUGCUGGUUCAACAGAUGGGAGUUCUCGGAGGCACAGCGGACCGUGUGUGUGUGUGUAUGUCCGUGUGUGUGUGUGUGUGUGCGUGUGUGUGUGCGUGCGUGUGUGUUUGUGUGUGUACAUGUAUGUCUGUGUGUAGAUGGAUGUAUGAAUCUGUCUGUGUGUGUGUGUGCAUGUGUGUGUGCGUGCAUGUGUGCAUGUGUGUGUGUGCAUGUGUGUGUGCGUGCAUGUGUGCAUGUGUGUGUGUGUGUGUGUGUGUGUGUGUGUGUGUGUGUGUGUGUGUGUGUGUGUGUGUGUGUGUGUGUGUGUGUGUGUGUGUGUGUGUGUGUGUGUGUGUGUGUGUGUGUGUGUGUGUGUGUGUGUGCGUGCGUGCUACUCCCAGGUGUUGUUCUCCCAUGCAGAUUCAGUAAACCCAACAGCACCAGAUCUACCAGCGGCCAAUUCCCUGCUGACCAGUGUACUCAACCUUUACCUGCUUACUAUUCUGUACACACUCGAUUCCAAACUGUUUGUCCAUUACUUUUUCAUAUUAUAAAUCAGUUAAAAACAUGCAAUAAAUACUGUACAGAUUGUACCUUGA